CCGUUUACAAGACGUCUCUCCGUACAGAAUCUUUCCUCCGUAUAUCCCCCGGUGGGAAACAAUGAAUUGAAAUCUCCCUCGUUAUGAACAUUUUGUCUGUCACCGAGGAAAGAAAAUCUCAGCGAUCUUCUAUUUUCCUGCAUUGUGCGAACGCUGAGGUUUACUCUCUCUCUCUCUCUCAUAAACCCAGAAACCUCAGUUUCUUUCUUUUGCGAUUACUGCCUCAAAGCAUUUCUUCUUUCUCUGUCGUUUUCCUCUCCAUUUGUAUUUCUUUCGAAGUUUGCUGUUUGUCUGGGCUUCUGGGAUUCUUUUGCGUCAGAUUUCACUUUGUUCCGAGUUUUUCAUCUUGGAAUUUGGGACUCGAAGAUUUCGCACGCAAGAAAUUUCGACGCUUUGCAUUGGAAGUCAUAUUUACUUUGUCCAACUUUCUUGUACAUGUAGUCUACAGCGUCCGUAAAUUCUUCAGGGUUUGGGAUCGAUUCCAUUGUGAUCUUUACUUAGAUUCUGAUGUGAAAUCAUGGUUCAAAUUUUCAGUUUGUGGGUUUGCUAAAGUUCCAGUCUUUCUUGCUUUUAUGAAGAAAUGUUUUGGUUAAUCUACUCAAGCGUGUGAGGUAUUGUUGCUAUUUUGCUUAGAUGAGUCCGUCUACCUGUAUGCAUUGCAUUAUGCUUUUAGGUUUUCAAGAGAGUCGAUGAUGAAAGUCUCAUCCAAUUUGUCUUGCUUAUAUACAUUUCAAUUUGUUAUGCUGUAAUUGUUAGAUUAGUUUUUGGCUGUUCAAUGGAAGGUGAAGACUGUGGCAGUGCAAAGAAUUCUGAGUUUGAGCCAUUGGCACGAGAGAACUCCAUGUGCAACCUCACUCCCGAGGAGAUCGAUGAAAUUCUGAAAAAUGUUUGGACUGCUGAACCUAACCAGACUGUAGUAACCGGGCCAGGAGGCGUGAUUCUGGGCAGUGAAAGUAGUUCCAUGCAAAGCCAGGCCAGCCUGCCAUUGACCACCGGAACUUUCGGCGAGAAAACGGUAUAUGAAGUCUGGAGAGAGAUGGAGAUAAGCGAAGGCAGCGAGGAGAACAAGCGUCAGGAGAGGCGGCAGCCAUGUCUGGAAGAAAUCACCUUGGAGGAUUUCUUGGCAAAAGCUGGAGUUGUAUCUGAAUCCACCAUCGAAAAACAAAGUUGUGGGUCUGCUUCUGGGUUUGAUCCCAACAUCAAUCCACAGUUGCUACACUAUCAGCGACAGGGUAUGAUUACGGCACAGCCUCUGCUGGCGGGUAGUAGUGCAAUGACGGGUGCAGCACUGCCUAAUCCUUGGACGGGAACGUUGUCAGAUGCGCAGAUGUCAGUGUGGGAAAGGCGUUUGCUAGGGCAGUCUAGUAAGGAAUCUGUUGAGAGGAGGCAGAGAAGGAUGAUAAAGAACCGGGAAUCUGCUGCACGUUCAAGGGCGAAAAAGCAGGCUUAUACAAAUAGCCUGGAGAACAGGGUCUCGAUAUUGAAGGAGGUUAAUCAGAGGUUGAAGAAACAGAAGGUGAGUUUUGAAUUUCGGAUGCCCUCUCUAGUGAGUGGGGAUAUAGGUCUCCUAGUCUACGGGCCGGGACUACUCGGCCUUGUAUGUUUUUGUCUUACCGUUUUCUCUUCGGGUUCGACAGGAGCUCGAGGAGAUGUUGCCCGAAACUCCAUUGGAUGAGCCCAAGUAUCAGCUGCGGCGAACAUCUUCAGCUCCGUUCUAGAAUCUGUCCUGCCUCACCAUUUUUUGAAGAUAAAAACCACACUCCCUUUUUUUUCUAUUCACUUUGAAGAUGAGACAAAAUCUGUUCAUACAUACAUACAUACAUACAUACAUACAUACAUACAUAGAGAUGUUCUGUAUAUCUGUAUAUAGAGGCUACAGUAGUGUCAGCUUAAAACUGCUUUUCUUCUAACUGUGUUUGAAGGCACUGUUUGUAUUACAUAUUUCACUGUUUUGUAGUAAAUGUAAAAAAAAAAAGGUUUUGAAAGGUUUGAAAUGAGACUCAAACCUUGCAAAUCUGUAUGGGAAAAUCUCUCCCUUAUGGUUAA